UGGCGCGAGUCGACUCCAAGUUACCCAUGAACGGUGAUGCGCAUGCUCCAUGCGUAAGAUCCGGGCUCGAGGAAGGAUGAAUGUUAUUGUUAAUUUUAAAGAUGGCGGCGGAGGGAGGAGGGAAGGAGUUGAACGAAAUUAAAACUCAGUUCAAUACACGGGAAGGCGUCUAUAAACUCCUCACUCACUCCGAAUAUAGCCGCCCCAACAGGGUGCCUUUUAAUUCCCAGGGUUCAAACCCCGUCAAAGUCUCCUUCGCCAACGUCAAUGACCAGUCUGGUAACGGCGACAGAAUCUGUUUUAAUGUGGGCCGGGAGCUGUACUUCUACAUCUACAAAGGCGUUAGAAAGGCGGCUGACUUGAGCAAGCCUAUCGACAAGAGGAUAUACAAGGGAACACAGCCCACAUGUCAUGACUUCAACCACCUGACGGCCACGGCGGACGGCGUCUCCCUGCUGGUGGGCUUCUCGGCAGGCCAAGUGCAGCUCAUCGACCCCAUCAAGAAGGAAACCAGUAAGCUCUUCAAUGAGGAAAGACUAAUAGACAAAUCCAGAGUGACUUGUGUAAAAUGGGUGCCCGGCUUGGAGAGGUUGUUCCUUGUCGCUCAUUCCAGUGGAAACAUGUACUUGUACAACAUAGAAAACACGUGUGGCACCACGGCGCCUCACUACCAGUUGCUCAAACAGGGCAAGAACUACUCGGUGCACACAUGUAAGAGCAAGUCCACGCGCAACCCUUUGCUCAAAUGGACGGUGGGCGAGGGAGCGCUCAACGAGUUUGCCUUUUCACCUGACGGGAAGUUCCUGGCGUGUGUCAGCCAGGACGGCUUCCUUCGGGUCUUCAACUUUGACGCGGUGGAGCUGCACGGGACCAUGAAAAGCUACUUUGGGGGUCUGCUGUGCAUGUGCUGGAGUCCGGACGGAAAGUACAUUGUCGCGGGGGGCGAGGAUGAUCUGGUGACCGUGUGGUCGUUUGUGGACUGCCGGGUUAUCGCGCGCGGUCACGGACAUAAAUCAUGGGUCAGCGUGGUGGCGUUUGACCACUACACAACCAGCGUGGAGGAUGCAGACCCUAUGGAGUUCAGCGGCAGCGACGAGGACUUCCAGGGCCAAAUCCACUUUGGUCGCGACCGGGCCAACAGUACGCAGUCCCGGCUCUCCAAACGCAACUCCACAGACAGUCGGACAGUACACACCACGUACAGGUUUGGCUCAGUGGGCCAGGACACUCAGCUGUGCUUGUGGGACCUCACAGAAGAUAUCCUUUUCCCCCACCUCCCGCUUUCCCGGACAAGAACACACACCAAUGUGAUGAACGCUACCAGCCCCCCGGCGGGAGGUGGAGUCGCUGGUGACAUAGUGAACAAUGUGAGUAAUAACCCUAGCACGAACGACAGCGGCGCCAACACCCCCAGUAACUCCCUCUCCUCUCCCCUGCCACGCUCCAACAGCUUACCGCACUCGCCAGCUAUGACUGCCAACAACAAGAGCAGUGCCAUCGCCUCAGGUGUCAGCAAGUUCGCCACGCUCUCCCUUCACGAUCGCAAAGAGCAGCACCAGGAGACGGACCACAAACGGAACCACAGCAUGGGUCACAUUAGCAGCAAGAGCAGUGACAAGCUCAACAUGCUCACCAAAUCCAGAACAGACCCUGCAAAGACUCUUGGGACACUGCUCUGUCCCCGCAUGGAAGACCUACCCCUACUAGAGCCUCUUAUCUGUAAAAAGAUAGCACAUGAGAGACUGACUGUCUUAAUAUUUCUUGAGGACUGUAUAGUGACAGCUUGUCAGGAGGGAUUUAUUUGGACAUGGGCGAGGCCUGGAAAAGUGGGUUUGUCAUCCCAAAAGCAAGCCGUCUCUCCCAGUGGAACGAUAAUAUAGCCAACACUAUUUCUGCUGCUAAGAAACCUGCAUUACACCAGAGCCUGGUGCUGCUCUUCACCCCACAAUGCAUUGCAAGUUUUUUCCUUUCUAUUGUUACUUUUUCUAUUCUCUCUUUAUUUUUUGGUUAUCAUUCACAUGGCCUAAAUGGUAGAAGUAUUCAAAUACAGAAAUGGAAAGGGUGAGGAGACAUUUUGGAUAGUGAUUCUAAUGUAUUUUCUGGACUUUUGAAAUGUGUUUUAAAAUUAUUUGUCUUUUUUUCGCUCCCACAUCGCAACUAGACUGUUUUCUGGACUUUGAGCUUGGCUUAGUUAGAUGCAAACCAAUCAAAUUAUGCUUGUGUUUUAAAAUGAGAGUUCACACAACUUUCAUAAUUCCUAUGCAAGUGGUCCAUGGACCAUAGUCUAAAAACUGCACACAAAAAUCAAGUCGUUUAGCCUUUAUGAUUUUGAAGAUGUACACUGUCAAAGGGUAUUAAAGUUGCUAGAGUCCCAACUGUUUUCUUGACCUAGCUACACACGAUCACAGGUUUCGGUGUGCCUUGUCUUCCAUUCAGAAGACAGUCUCAUUCAUCGUAGGUGUGGUUUUUUUCAGUCACUCCUGGCUCAUAGGCUGCAUUCAAGGUAAGAAAAAGAUUAACAAAUUACAUUUGAGUGAACUAACCCUUUAGCAUCCAAGGAUUUGCCUCUAACCAAAUUCUUUACAAGUAUUUUUUAUAGAAUCUCCCCAUUGAGAACUUUGCACAGAUUUUGUUACAGUGACUGUAAAAACCACACCUACGAUGACUGAGACUGUCUUCUGAACGGAAGACAAGGCACACCAAAACCUGCGAUCGUCUGUAGCUAGGUCAAUACUAAACAAAAAUAUAAACACAACAUGAAACAAUUUCAACGAUUUUAAUGUGUUACAGUUCAUACAAGGAAAUCAGUCAAUUUAAAUAAUUUCAUUAGGCCCUAAUCUAUGGAUUUCACAUUACUGGGAAUACAGAUAUGCAUCUGUUGGUCAGAUACCAACAAACAAAAAGUAGGGGCGUGUAUCGGAAAACCAGUCGGUAUCUGGUGUGACAACCAUUUGCCUCAUGCAGCGCGACACAUCUCCUUCACAUAGAGUUGAUCAGGCUGUUGAUUGUGGCCUGUGGAAUGUUGUCCCUCAAUGGCUGUGCGAAGUUGCUGGAUAUUGGCGGGAACUGGAACACGCUGUCGAUCCAGAGCAUCCCAAACAUGCUCAAUGGGUGACAUGUCUGGUGAGUAACACAACAUGUUGGUCCCAUUUUUAAUGCUGAAAUAAAAGAUUCCAUAAAUGUUCCAUAUGCACAAAAAGAUUAUUUCUCUAAAAUGUUGUGCGCAAAUUGGUUUACAUCCCAGUUAGUGAGCAUUUCUCCUUUGCCAAGAAAAUCCAUCCACCUGACAGGUGUGGCAUAUCAAGAAGCUGAUUAAAAAGCAUGAUCAUUACACAGGUGCACCAUGUACUGUGGACAGUAAAAGGCCACUUUAAAAUGUGCAGAUUUGUCACACACCACAAUGCCACUGAUGUCUCAAGUUUUGAGGGAGUGUGCGAUUGGCAUGCUGACUGCAGAAAUGUCCAACAGAGCUGUUGCCAGAAAAUGUAAUGUUCAUUUCUCUACCAUAAGCUGCCUCCAAUAUCUUUUUAGAGCAUUUGGCAGUACGUCUAACCAGCCUCACAACCGUAGGUCACGGACCACGUGUAACCUCACCAGCCCAGGACAUCCACAUCCGGCUUCUUCACCUGUGGGAUUGUCUGAGGAGGGGUGGGGGAUUCUCAGAAGUAUUUCUGUUUGUAAUAAAGCCCUUUUGUGGGGAAAAACGUAUUCUGAUUGGCUGGUCCUGGCUCCCAAGUGUGUGGGCCUAUGCCCACUCAUGGCUGCGCCCCUAUCCAGUCAUGUGAAAUCGAUAGUUUAGAGCCUAAUGAAUGUAUUUCAAUUGACUGAUUUCCUUCUAUUAACUGUAACUAAAUAAAAUAAUUAAAUUGUUGCAUUUUAUUUUUGUUCAGUAUAGUUUAUUAGAGGAAAAUGGCUUUACAUUUUGGGUGUGCAUUAACUCUGACAGCUGUAAAGAGGAGAAAUUAUUACAAAUCUUUUAUAUCUAGUAAAGGAACACUCUACCUGAAAAAAUAUUUUGUUAUUUUUUUGUUAUUGUUGAUAUAGUCCCAAUGUUUUGCAUGCAAGCAAUCAAGUUUUCAAGAUGUGUAACUUUUGAAAUUCAAUACUGGCUGUAUUUCUGUACUUUUGAGUUAUACAGUACCAGUCAAAAGUUUAGACACCUACUCAUUCAAGGGUUUUUCUUUUUACUAUUUUCUUCAUUGUAGAAUAAUAGUAAAGACAUAAACAAUUACAUAACACAUGGAAUCAUAUAGUAGCUAAAAAAGUGUAAAACAAAUCAAAUAUUUGAGAUUCUUCAAAGUAGCCACCCUUUGCCUUGAUGACAGCUUUGCACACGCUUGGCAUUCUCUCAACCAGCUUCACCGGGAAUGCUUUUCCAACAGUCUUGAAGGAGUUCCCACAUGCUGAGCACUUGUUGGCUGCUUUUCCUUCACUCUGCGGUCCAACUCAUCCCAAACCAUCUCAGUUGGUUUGAGGUCGGGUUAUUGUGGAGGCCAGGUCAUCUGAUGCAGCACUCCAUCACUUUCCUUGUUGGUCGAAUAGCCCUUACACAGUCUGGAGGUGUGUUGGGUCAUUGUCCUGUUGAAAAACAAAUGAUAGUCCCACUAAGCACAAACCAGCUGGGAUGGCGUAUCACUGCAGAAUGCUGUGGUAACCGUGCUGGUUAAGUGUGCAUUAAAUUCUAAAUAAAUCGGUGUCACCCGCAAAGCACCAUCACACCACCUCCUCCAUGCUUCACGGUGGGAACCACACAUUCAGAGAAAAUCCGAUCACCUACUCUGCAUCUCACAAAGACACGGCGGUUGGAACCAAAAAUCUCCAAUUUGGACUCAUCAGACCAAAGGACAAAUUUCCACCGGUCUAAUGUCCAUUGCUCGUGUUUCUUGGCCCAAGCAAGUCUCUUCUUAUUAUUGGUGUACUUUAGUAGUGGUUUCUUUGCAGCAAUUUGACCAUGAAGGCCUGAUUCACGUGAUAAGGGGUGGCAGGUAGCCUAGUGGUUAGAGCGUUGGGCCAGUAACCGAAUCCUCGAGCUGACAAGGUAAAAAAAUCUGUGUGGCAGAUGGUAGACCCCCCCCCCCGCCCCAAAAAUCUGUCGUUCUGCCCCUGAGGAAGGCAGUUAACCCACUGUUCCCUGGGUGCAGAAAACAUGGAUGCCGAUUUAAGGCAGCCCCCCGCACCUCUGAUUUCAGAGGGUUUGGGUUAAAUGCAGAAGGCACAUUUCAGUUAGAGGCAUUCCGUUGUACAACUGACUAGGUAUUCCCCUUUCCCUAAUGUUGAUGUCUAUUACUUGAACUCUGUGAAGCAUUUAUUUGGCUGGUACAGUAAAACUGGUAACUCUAAUGAACCUAUCCUCUGCAGCAGAGGUAACUCUGGGUCUUCCUUUCCUGUGGCGGUCCUCAUGAGAGCCAGUUUCAUCUCAGCGCUUGAUGGUUUUUGUGACUAACCUUGAAGAAAAGUUAUUGAAAUGUUCCGUAUUGACUUACCUUCAUGUCUUAAGGUAAUGUAAUGAUGUUUUAUCUUUGCUUAUUUGAGCUGUUCUUGCCAUAAUAAAGACUUCGCCCUAUUUGGGAAAAUAGCAUCUUCUGUAUACCACCCCAACCUUGUCACAACACAACUGAUUGGCUCCAACGCAUUAAGAAGGAAAGAAUUUCCACAAAUUAACUUUUAACAAGGCACACCUGUUAAUUGAAAUGCAUUCCAGAUGACUACCUCAUGGAUCUGGUUGAGAGAAUGCCAAGAGUGUGCAAAGCUGUCAAAGGCAAAGAAUGGCUACUUUGAAGAAUCACAAAUAUAUUUUGAUUUGUUUAACACUUUUUUUGGUUACUACAUGAUUCCAUAUGUGCUAUUUCAUAGUUUUGAUGUCUUCACUAUUUUUCCACAAUGUAGAAAAUAGUAAAAAAAAAUAUAUAUAAAAACCCUGGAAUGAGUAGGUGUGUCCAAACUUUUGACUGGUACUGUAUAUCUUAACUUGAUUGCUGGACAUGCAAAACAUUUUUGGACUAUAUCAACAAUGGACUAAUGAAACAAAUACCAAAAUAUUGUUUUUGUGUAGGGUGUUUCUUUAAGCAUUUAUUGUAAUUAUUUCAAAUUAAAAUCUGCUCUAUCGUGUUAUUGGAAUUCAGUGAGUGAUCGGGGUAAUAGCAAAUUAUUACUGUAGUGUAAGUUCUAAUCGUUUAAGGAAAUGGUUAUAUUUCUAAUACAGAAAAAUAUACAUUAAUUAUAUUAAAAUCUUGAGUAUGCAGUUCUUUUCUCUUGUACAAAAUUCAUCCAGAUGUAUUUUGAUAUACGAGAUUAAUGUAUUAAAUGCUCGAAUUAUACGCUUAAAAUAAUCACAAUGUGCAGAAGUCAGACAAAGCAGCUGUCAACUUCACAAAUAUUAUGACGCUCAGGAAGUCUUAUAGACUAAGAUAAAGAAAAUAUAUAUUUUGCUUACCAUCAGCAACACUUUUCAAUGUGUCCCAAAAGACCCACAGUAGGACCUUGUUCCGUGUGACACCUAUUUAAGGAGUUAAGUGACUCCACACUAACCACAGAAGGAACGAAUGGUGAAGUGAAUAUAUUUUUGGAUUGUGGUUAACAUUUGACACUUUUUUUUAUUCUUCAUUAAAAAGGUAUAUAUUCUA